GCAUGUGAUGCUGCUGGUGCUGACAUGGCGGCCUUGGGGAAGGCGGAGGAAUCGCAAGGCUGCUUUGGUCUUUUCCUCCUCCUUCCCGGGCCCUCCAUGCAGCCCAGGUUGUUUGUUUUGGUGGCCCUCUCUGUGCUGCUCCUAAGCGGGCGGGCAGGAGCGCUGACAGAGGGCCUGUACUGUGGGCGGCAGGUGUGCUAUGAUGUGCUGGGGGUAAGCCGAGAUGCAAGCAAGGGGGACAUAGCCCGAGCAUACCGGCAACUGGCUCGCAAGUAUCACCCUGACCGAUAUCGGCCCGGGGAGCCGCCUGGACCAGACGGGGAAACAAGGGAGAGCGCACAGGAAAAGUUUCUCUUAGUAGCCACAGCAUACGAGACAUUAAAGGAUGAAGAAACUCGUAAGGAUUAUGAUUACAUGUUGGAUCACCCUGAAGAAUACUACAGGCACUACUAUCACUACUACAGCAGACGCCUGGCACCAAAAGUAGAUGUGAGAAUAGUUAUCCUGGUUUCAGUAUGUGCCAUCUCAAUUUUCCAGUACUAUAGCUGGUGGAGUAGCUACAAUGAAGCCAUUAACUAUCUGGCAACAGUAACAAAAUACAGAAUUCAAGCCAUGGAAAUAGCAAAGCAGCAAGGUUUGCUUAACCGAACCAAAGAAAAGGGAAAAAACAGGCGGUCCAAAGAAGAAAUCAAGUCAGAAGAAGAAGAGAUAAUCAGAGAUAUAAUAAAGAAUAAAAUAGACAUCAAAGGAGGCUAUCAAAAGCCUCAAAUAUUUGAUAUACUCUUGUUUCAAAUAAUUUUGUUCCCCUAUUACAUUUUCAAGUAUAUCUCCUGGUAUGUCCACUGGAUAUAUACCUUCAAUAUUCAGGGAAAGGAGUAUGGUGAGGAAGAAAAGCUAUAUCUCAUUAGGAAAUAUAUGAAGAUGUCACAGUCUCAGUUUGACACCCUGGAAGAACACCGUAAAAAUUCGUUUCUUGAGCAGAAGCUGUGGAUAAAGGAGAAUUAUGAGGUCUACAAACUAGAACAGGAAGAAGAAAUGAAAAAGAAAAUGGCUUCAGACCCACGAUGGAAACGAUAUCGCAGGUGGAUGAAGAAUGAAGGGCCAGGCAGACUCACGUUUGCAGAUGACUGAUGAUGAUAUAAUGUUGCAAAAAUACAUUUUUCAUAUAAAUAAAUUAAGUUUUUUUUA